AUGCAAUACUUUGAUUUUAGAAUGGAGACCUAUCAAUUAUGCAGCGAAAACGAAGAGUUUAAGGUAUGCGGCAGUGCUUGCCCUCCAACGUGCUCCCAACCUGAACCUGACGCCUGCAUUUCAGUUUGCAGAAUGGGCUGCUUCUGCAAAUCAGGAUACUACAGAGAUGAAAGUACGAACGAGUGUGUGAAGCAGGAUCAAUGUUCUGAGAUUGCGAUGGAGACCUACCAAUUAUGCAGCGAAAACGAAGAGUUUAAGAUAUGCGGCAGUGCUUGCCCUCCAACGUGCUCCCAACCUGAACCUGAUGCCUGUAUUCCAGUUUGCAGAAUGGGUUGCUUCUGCAAAUCAGGAUACUACAGAGACGAAAAUACGAACAAGUGUGUGAAGCGGGAUCAAUGUUCUAAGAUUUCGAGUACUACUUACGGUAUAGAUCUUGCAACGACACUACCACAAUUUGCUCGACAAUCUGCUUGGCUGGAUGAUCUCUCCGGGUCUACUGCGCAACGAUGA